CGAAUAAAGUUGAAGGCACCUCCGCAUUUUGCGGGCUGCGCGCUCUUGCACCGGCAAACAAUGAUGCCGGUCAUGUGACAAUGUACCCAUAUGGUUUUUUGGGUCCAGUGUGUCCAGCGGUCCUUUUGGUCGUUUACUACAAUACACAGACGACCGACUUUAACACCUUCCUCCUUUCUUUGCACUUCACUUUGUCUCUACACAUUCCCACAUUUCGCAUACGAGUACUUGUCACCUCUCCUUGUCCUUUCAUGAGAAACUCUGCCCCUCUCCCUUCCUCUUCCGCCUCCACUCAAGAACGCAACCACCGCCACCAAAAUCAUAACCAGUCAGCUAGUAACAACAAUAACACCUUCAGCAACAGUAACAGCAACAGCAGCAGCAACAACAACACUAUCGAGCAUGUGAGCUCUCCCGAUACUACCAGGCGCCGGGCGUCGUUGAAAUCGCUGCAUCAGAAUGGCGGCUCUGGUUCUUCUGUCGGCACUCCCGUAGCGCAGGGCCAGGACAAGGUCGUCGACCUUAACCAAUCGUCUUCCCCAUUGCCCUUCCAGCCCUAUGUGCUACCAACACAGCUUUCACAGAGAUUCAACCACGAUUCCGACAGUGAGCACGAUUCGAAUGACGAUGAUCAAGAGGACAGUGAUCGUACCGAGGGUGAAAUGAGUUCUGCGGCGAUCAAGGCCACUGGUAGACCCAAGGCUCUUAACAAGCGUCCUGCUGCGUCUGACCACAGGCAUGACCGAUGCAAGCAGCGGGUGUAUCUGGAGGAGGAGGAUGUGGAGUUGACCUUCACGGGAUACCGAUUCCGCCAGACUCGCCUUUAUCUUUACUACCUGCUCUGUGUUCUCUCCGGAGGCAUUGUCUUCUUGCUCGGAAGGUGGAUGCCCCAGCGGUAUAUUGCCUUUGUUGCCCGAAAAUGCGAGAUGAGCAAAGCAGAGUGCAUCGUUGUUCAGAACGAAUGGGGCCAAAUGACCAUGGAACCUGUUUUCACAAAGUACUAUGGUGGUCCCAUCGAUUCAGUCUUCAGUUCAGAGCAGAUGGAGGAGCAAGUCGACGGUGACGAUGACAGCUAUGAUGAAACAGUUACAACAGGUAUGCUGCACGACAUGCGAUACUUCGACUACCAGUACAUACGAUUUAUCUACAAUCCUACGGUACGGUUAUUCAUGCAAAACUCGCAAUGGAAGGACCCUGAUUGGUCACGCGCCGCUAAUUGUGGGCGUGGAAUCGGUCGCGAGACGUACCAGGAGAGAACCAUGGUUUUUGGGCAGAAUAUCAUCGAUGUUCAGGAGAAGACUGUUGGACAGCUUCUCGUGCAGGAAGUCUUGCAUCCAUUCUACGUGUUCCAAGUGUUUUCCAUGGCUCUUUGGUUCGCGGACGAUUAUUACUACUAUGCGGCUUGCAUCUUUGUCAUUUCGACCGUCUCCGUAGUCACUGAGCUGGUGGAGACUAAGAAGACUAUGCGGAGGAUGCGUAACAUGUCGCGAUUCACUUGCAACGCAAAGGUAUUUCGCUCUGGCAGAUGGCGAUAUAUUGGAUCAGAAGAACUUGUACCUGGAGAUGUCUUUGAGGUCACGGACUCUGAUUUGGCUGUCUUUCCUUGCGAUGCCGUUUUAUUAUCAGGAGACUGUAUUGUGAACGAGAGCAUGCUGACAGGAGAAUCUGUGCCAGUGUCAAAGAUCCCUGUUACGGAUAUCGCCCUACGGGAACUGGAUUUAUCGCUUUCAAAUAUUCCUGCAGAAAUCGCUCGCCAUUUCUUGUUUUCGGGAACCAAGAUUGUGCGUGCGAGACCAGGAGCACCCCAUCAAUCAGGACCAGCAAGCGUGGAAGACGAUGAAUACGGCACCAGUGCUCCACCACGAGGCUUGGCCAUGGUCGUAAGAAUCGGGUUCAACACAACAAAAGGAACUUUGAUUCGCUCCAUGCUCUUCCCAAAGCCCAAUGAUUUCCAAUUUUACCGCGACUCUUUCCGGUUCAUUGGAAUCCUUGCCUUGAUCGCCUGCGCCGGUUUCCUUAUUUCGACCGUCAACUUUGUGCGCAUGGGCGUACCUUUCAGGAUGAUGAUCGUUAAGGCUCUAGAUUUGAUCACCAUUGUCGUGCCGCCAGCCUUGCCCGCUACCAUGUCGAUCGGCACCAGCUUUGCAAUCGCACGACUGAAGCGUUCCAACAUCUUUUGUAUCAGUCCAACGAGAGUCAACAUUGGUGGCAAAAUCAGCUGCAUGUGCUUUGACAAGACUGGAACACUUACUGAGGAUGGUCUCGAUGUCCUCGGGGUACAAUGUGCUGAUAGCGCGACUGGAAAGUUUGGAGAGAUGCUGGAAAGUGCGGAUGCGAUGCAGAAUGCAUCCGAGACCAUCCUGGAGAAGAGUAUGCCGUUGCUCUUUGCCAUGGCAACUUGCCACUCUGUCAAGUCAGUCAACGGCGAGUUGAUCGGCGAUCCGUUGGAUCUCAAGAUGUUCGACUUUACUCAUUGGGUCCUGGACGAAGGUGGUUUGGGAGCUAGGAUUACUAAUAUUUCGGAGUCAUUGCAGAACGGGAGCAAAGGCGACAUGGGCGGUAUCGUUUCGACAGUCGUUCGACCCCCUGGUGGGAAACAGUUCAACCUCGAGGAUAUGAUCGCCAACCAUAGCACUCAUGAGAUGACUGAGGCUAACACAUUCCUGGAACUAGGCAUCAUCCGCUGCUUUGAAUUUGUUUCUUCGUUGCGCCGAAUGAGCGUUAUCGUGAAACGGCUCCACAGGCCAGGCAUGGAAAUUUUUGUGAAAGGAGCACCUGAGGUCAUGACCGACAUCUGCUUGAAGGAAUCGCUGCCCCUGGAUUAUACGGAGCGUCUUGCAUACUAUACACACCAUGGGUACCGUGUCAUUGCAUGCGCGUACAAGUUGGUGACGAACCUGAACUUUGUACGCGCUCAACGAGUGAAAAGGGAGCAAGUGGAAUCCGACUUGACAUUCCUGGGAUUCAUUGUCUUUGAGAACAAACUUAAGCCGACAACCGCGCCCAUCGUGGCAACCUUAGGCAAUGCUCGCAUCCGCCAGGUUAUGUGCACUGGAGACAACGUCCUGACCGCCAUCAGUGUGUCCAGGGAGUGCGGGUUGAUCAACAAAGUGCGGGAGGUAUAUACGCCUCGUUUUAUAUCCGGGGACUCGAUGACAGAAACCGCUCAGAUUGUAUGGGAAAACACCGAUAACGAGCGCAUGACAUUGGAUCCAAUAACGCUCAAGCCAUCCACAUCCUUGUCAGACGAUUCGACCAAUGGUCCAGAGUUCCCGCGAUAUAGCCAAAUGAUGAAUGACUAUGUGCUUGCCGUUACAGGAGACUGCUUCCGCUGGAUGGUCGAUUAUGCUCCUACUUCGACGUUGAACCGGAUGCUGGUCAAGGGACAGAUCUUUGCGCGCAUGUCUCCGGAUGAGAAGCACGAGUUGGUGGAACAUCUCCAAGGAAUUGGGUACUGUGUGGGCUUCUGCGGCGAUGGAGCAAAUGACUGUGGUGCUCUCAAGGCAGCCGAUGUCGGCAUCAGUUUGAGCGAGGCAGAGGCGUCUGUUGCUGCCCCAUUCACCAGCCGAUCCAACGAUAUCGGAUGCGUUGUUAAGGUUAUUCAGGAAGGCCGAGCUGCUUUGGUGACCAGCUUCAGCUGCUUCAAGUACAUGGCUCUGUACAGUAUUAUUCAGUUCACGACUGUCAGUUUCCUGUACGCGUUUGCCUCAAACCUGGGAGAUUUCCAGUUCCUGUACAUCGACCUUGUCCUCAUUCUACCCACAGCCGUCUUUAUGGGUCGCACGGAGGCCUAUCCUGUUUUGAGCCCCAAGCGUCCGACUGCGAACCUGGUCUCCAAAAAGGUCUUGACGUCCUUGAUCGGCCAGAUUCUGAUUCAGUCGUUGUUUCAAGGGGCCAUGUUCCUGAUUGUGCGCCGGCAGCCUUGGUACAUUCCACCGGACUAUGAUAGCGAGGAGAAGAACAUUGAGUGCUAUGAAAAUACGGUCCUGUUUCUGCUGUCGUGCUUCCAGUACUUGUUGGUUGCCAUUGUCUUUAGUGUUGGGCCACCCUACCGCAGGCCUAUGGCUUCUAAUCGUCCAUUCGUCCUCAUUACCGUCGGAUUGGUUCUCAUAUCGGUGAUCAUGGUGCUCUUCCCGACCCAGUGGAUCGCUGACGUGAUGCAGCUUGUCCAUAUACCCUUUAGCUUCCGGGUAUUUAUUCUGAUUUUGGCAGGAAUUGACCUUGGAAUCUCUCUCGUGUGCGAAUCGCAUCUAUUUCCAAUCAUUGCCCGCUGGAUCGGGGAGUGGUUGAGUUCUCGGAAGGCCCACAAGGAGCAACAGCACUGGCAUCAGCAGCAGGUGUAUGAGCCUCCACCACAGCAGCAUAUUCAGCAGAAUGUUGGGUAUGGAAGCCAGGAUGUGACAGACCCUGCAGUCGUCCAGGGCAACGCGCAUGAUGGUUCAGUAGCCGUGGCGGUGGAUCUGUAUGGAAGGGCUCCUGAUGAGGGAUCUGGGACCAAUAUUUCUGGCGCCAACAAGAACCUGGCCAAGAAAACGAGUAUUAAGAUCUACAAGAUGGUUGAGGACGAGAUGAUGGAGCUAUAGACGGGCACUAUAAUAGAUAGUCUAGACGCGUUUAAAUAAGAUUAUAUAAGGCUGUAUGGAG